AUGGCGUCCACAUGUGCCUAUCAUAAUGCGUGGUGGUCUUCAUCCAGUGCAUCAAAUGUUGCAACAGACAUGUGGGUGAAGGUAGACAAUCCCCAUUCUCAAGUGAACUGUCAUAGAAAAAUUAUGAAAGAUAAAAAUAACAUAUCACCAAUGAGCAAAUACAUUUCACAAAGUGAUCACCUCAUCUCUGGCAUUAAUGUAUUCUCUUAUACAGAAUUAUCUUCUCAGAAGAAAUUUGAUGAAAUUAAGAAGGCUAAUCAAGCAGCAGCAAAAAAGUUUGUUGAAGCCCAGUUCAGUUCUUCUGAAGAAGAUGACAAUGAGAUUGAAGGAAAACAUGGAACGAUAUUGGCCAAAACAUUCACAACAUAUACUAUUCAAACUGAUGGAGAUGCAAGUGAACUAGAACGCACAAGACAAUAUGUGAAUGAAGCAUUCCAGUCUGGGGCUUUAACAUGUUUGAUUUGUAUUGCUUCAGUUAAGAGGAACCAAGCUGUCUGGAGCUGUUCUGGAUGUUUUUGUAUAUUUCACAUGCCAUGUAUCCAAAAGUGGGCUAAGGACAGCCUUUUUCUUGUAUCUUCUCCUUUGACAGAUGAUGAUUUUGGGAAGAAAGAUUAUCCAUGGCCUUGUCCAAAAUGUAGGUUUGAGUACAAACGAUCUGAAACUCCGACUCGAUACUACUGCUACUGUGGGAAGGUAGAGGAUCCAGAGUUGGACCCAUGGCUGGUACCUCACUCAUGUGGCCAAGUAUGUGAAAAGGAGUUUAAGCCUCCAUGUGGGCAUAAGUGCCUUCUGCUCUGUCACCCAGGUCCUUGUCCUCCUUGCCCAAAGGUGGUCACAACAGCCUGUUAUUGUAAGAAGGCUAAACCAGUGCCACGAAGGUGCAGUACCAAAGAAUGGUCAUGUCAGCUGCCAUGUGGUCGAAAGCUGCCAUGUGGACAGCACAAUUGUGAGAACCCUUGUCACCCAGGAAAUUGUCAGCCCUGCCCACGAGUCAGUAAACAAAGGUGUAUCUGUGGUAGACAAAUAGCAGAAAGGCUCUGUGCAAGUCCAUUUUGGCAGUGUGAGCAGGUGUGUGGAAGAACUUUGCCUUGUGGUAAUCACACAUGUGAACUAGUUUGUCACUCUGGUCCCUGUGGAGAAUGUCCUCGGUCUGGCAAAAGGCCCUGUCCAUGUGAAAAAUCAAUGUUUUUUUUGCCUUGUACGGAAGAUGUACCUACAUGUGGAGAUAGUUGUGACAAAGUUCUUGAAUGUGGAAUCCAUAGGUGUUCACAGCGUUGUCAUCGUGGUCCCUGUGAAAUUUGUAGACAGGAAGUUGAAAAGCAGUGCCGUUGUGGAAAGCAUACUAAACGCAUGCCAUGUCAUAAACCGUAUCUGUGUGAGACGAAGUGUACUAAAAUUCGCGAUUGCCAGAAACACCAGUGUAAGAGAAAGUGUUGUUCUGGAAACUGUCCACCUUGUGAUCAACUCUGCGGACGGACUUUAGGAUGUAGAAAUCACAAAUGUCCUUCAGUUUGCCAUAGAGGUAGUUGCUAUCCAUGUCCAGAGACAGUAGAUGUGUUGUGCAGUUGUGGUAAAACUAUUCUCAAAGUACCAUGUGGCAGAGAACGUAGCACCAAGCCUCCGAAAUGCAAAGAGCUUUGCAGUCGGCCACCAACUUGCCAUCAUACCAGCCAAGAGAGACACAGUUGUCACUUUGGCCCUUGCCCUGCAUGUCGUCAGCCCUGCCGGAAAGUGUUAAAGUGCGGCCACUUAUGUCCUGCUUCUUGCCAUGAUGAAGCUCUUGUGAAGCAAACUGGCUUGCACCAACCUGCUGGUCCCUGGGAACAGCCAUCUGAGCCAACUUUUAUUCAAACUUCAUUACCUUGCCCCCUGUGUCAGGUUCCUAUACCAACGGAAUGCCUUGGGCAGCAUGAGGUGAGUCCAUUACCAUGUCACUCUGCUGGCCCCUACUCGUGUAAAAGAUUUUGUGGACGACUGCUUGAUUGUCAGAAUCACACCUGCAUGAAAGAAUGUCAUAAAUUUACUAAAGUAAAUGGAAAUGCUGAGAGGCAAAAGGCUAGUCCAGAAUGUUCUCAAUGUGAGGAGGUGUGUACCAAGCCACGACCACGAGGCUGCCCUCACUUGUGCAUUUUGCCCUGUCACCCUGGCCAAUGUCCACCGUGUGUCCAAAUGCUUAAAAUGAAGUGUCACUGCAAACUCACAAACCUGUAUAUUGAGUGCAUAAAAAUAACUUGUGCUGACUUAAAAGAAAAGGAUCUUCUCAGUUCCUGCAAAAAUCAGUGUCCAAAAGAGUUGUCCUGUGGUCAUCGCUGUAAAGAGAUUUGCCAUUCAGGUGAUUGUCCUCAAAAUUGCAACCAGAAGGUUAAAAUCAGAUGUCCAUGCAAGAGAAUUAAAAAGGAAUUACAAUGCAGCAAGGUACAAGAAGGCCAGGUUUCACUAGACUGUGACACGUUGUGUAAGGAAAUGAAACGGAAAGCAUCUGAGAUAAAAGAGGCUGAAGCCAAAGCUGCUGUUGAAGAAGAAAAACGAAGGCAACAGGCUGAACUAGAAGCCUUUGAGAACCGGUUAAAAGGACGACGAAAAAACAAGAGAAGAAAGGAUGAAAUAGAAGUUGAACAAUCAAUGUGGCAAAAGUAUAAGAAUUUUAUCAUGCUGCCAGUAUGUGGAGUUGCUGUUGUGAUGCUUGCAUGGCUGGUGGCUUACAACAACUGAAAUAACUUUGAUCUUUUGUAAUAUACAUCAGUUGGUCUUUACAUAGCUCUUACAACUAGAACGUUAGUCUGUAUAUAAAAGAACUUUAUGCUUAUAGUUCAAUUGUACAGUUUUCUCCUAACAAAAUAAUUGUUGUCAUGGGGGAAAAACAAAAAGAAUGAGAAGCGUUUAAAUUUUAGCUAACACAAAAAGAUUAAUUCAAAAUAGAGUAAUUUAAAGCUGUAUAGUGCAUGUAAUAUUGCAGUUUAUUCUGACCAGUUUCAUCAGCUGUUAUAAGAUAUUGUAUUAUUUCUCAUUAACUCUACUUUGCAAUGUUAAGCAUGUUUUUGGGUUUUUUUACGCAGUUGUACUGCGUUGUUGAGUGGUGGUAUGACCCUAGAUUAGAAUACCAUUUUUUCAGAUUUGGCCUGGCCUCCUCUGUAAUGGUGAAGGGGUGGCACCAGGCCACAACUCAGUGGUGUAAAGGCAGCACACUGAAGUGUUGCCUAGGAUAGCAGAUUGUCUUGUACUUUUUUAUUUUUAUUCUUUGAUUUAGAUAAAUCAUAAUUCAUACAAAACAAAAUAGAUCCAUCCUUCAGCAACUUUUAUCAUUAUCAAUUUAUUGAUAAGGAACUUCAAAUGGUCUAGAAGACUUAGGCAUUCCAUAUCCACAGGUUAUAAGUCUGUGCAAAAUCCUUAAGAUGUUAUGGGGAAAUGUCAGCUUUCUUCACAAAAAUUAUUUUCUUUAUUUGUUCAGUUGCAGAUAGUGCAGUGGGUUUGAUGUUACUGUUCAAAUCCUGAAUUUUUUUUUGUGCCUCCAAAAAAGAAAGAGGGGGGGGAAAAGUAAAAGCCUAAUGGAAUUGCAGACUUGUGCUGGUCUCGUGCGUUGCUUGAUAGUGUAUUGGCACUUUUGCCCAAAGCAGAAAGGCACAUUGCAGUGUGAAAUUGAAGGCAAGCCUCCUGCAUGUCAAUCAAGUUAAAUGUUCAUGUUUGAAUAUUUAACUACUCGUACAGCAGUACAAACUGUUAACUGAAUUUACUCAAACAUUCAAGAGUAUGUGUUCUUGUAAAGUUAUCUUGAUGAUUCUUGGUAGUUGUAUUUAAAAUAUUUAAUAGUCUAGAUGAGCUUUCCCUGACAUUUUUUUAAAUAUUAAAGGAUGUUGUUAACCUAUAAUGCCUAAAAUUUGACCCGUAUUGAAAGUUAUAGGGGAAGUAGUGUUAUCUCAAAUAAGGGAAUAGAUAUUAAUGGAAAAAAUGAAUUUCUAGAAUUGUGCUAACUUUUUGCCAUGAUGAUACUUUAGUAAAAAAAUCAUAUUGAUUUUAAAUUUUUCCAAAAGAUGACCAAAAAUGUUUUGUGAAAACAAAACAAGGGCCUGCCUUCUGUAAUCCAGACUCUUAAAUAGACCAGUAGUCUUGUUGAAGGCAGUUAGAUCACUUGCCUGAAUUAUGAGUUAAAGCCACAGGUUGGUCUUUUCAUAGGAUGAAUGUGACCAUAUUAUUAAAGGUGCUCCAUGUGAAAUAUUGCAAAGCAGUUUAUACCUUCUUGUAAUUCUGGUUUAACAGCAGGAGAACUAUUUUGUCAUCGAAAGUUGCAGAAUGUUGCCGUUUCCAGAUUUCGAUUUUUUUUUUUUAAAGUAAAGAUGAUUGGUUCUUUUUUUACCACCUAAAUUGAAAAAUAAACUAAUUGGUGGUCAGUUACAAUGGGAUUAUGGUUUUUAUAGGUUUUUUUAAAUGGUAUUGCUAAUUUUAGUUUGACUAUUUUAAAAACUGUUCAGAAAUAUCUAUGUAUAUUAUGAGUUAUCAAUUAUUACAUAAGGAUUUGAAAAAUGCACUAGGCACGAAUGGGAUCUCAAAGCUUUGCUGUCUUGUAACACCUGUUUUUUUUGUUUUUUUGGUUUUUUUUUAAACAAAUUUCCUUUACAGUAUAAGGGAAAAACACGCAGGUUUUUCUUCUUUCAUAGAUUCCUUCAGUAAUGAGUAAAGUCUUAUUCCAAAUCCAUAACAUAAAUGUGAACUUUGUCCUUCAGCCCAGAGAGCAAACAGUAUUUUUUUUGUGAACAUGUGUGCCAAAUCUACCUGUUGACGCAGACAGAGGUGAGAAGAGGUGGCGAUUUACCUUAAACAGACAUAUGAAGAUAGUCUGUUUCAUGGUCCAAUAUUAUGUUAUGGAUCUGUUUGAAGCAGACGUGAUGUCAAUAUGAUCAGGGCUUUGAAUAAUUUCUCAUUGUACUGGAAAUUAACUCAUUUUUUACGACAGUAUUGGCUGUUACUUUACAAUUUAUUUGUUUAAAUAAAGAAUCUGCCUGCUUAGCUCUA